AUGCAACUACAAAGGAUGUUGCACCAUAAAGAUGAUGUUAAUAUGCAAACGCAAAAUUCGUUGCCGUCAGCACAGAGGGAAAAGGCUCAUAUAUGCGAUAAUGAUGAUUUAAUUAAUAAAAUCAUGGGAAUACUACAUAGGAAUACAGAUAACACAAUAAAAGAGAUUACUACUGUGCUGCCACUUCGAAAUAAAGAGCAGACAGAUGAAAUGCAGCGCAAGAAUAAGGAAUUUGAAGAACAGGCAUAUGAAAUGCGACGUAAAAAUAAGGUGCUCGAAAAACAGAUAAAUGAAAUGCAAAGUAAGAAUCAGAAACUCCAAAAACAGAUAAAUGAAAUGCAAAAUAAGAAUAAAGAACUCGAGAAUCAACUCGAAAAAUAUAAAAGAGAGGCACUAAAAACUAUUGAACGUUUAACACGUGAAGCAUCAAAAUAUCAAGCUGAAUUGGGUAGAACAAUGAAUGUUCGAUUAAGCAAUGAUUUUAACAAUUCCUGUCAACUUAGAGAAGAUAUUAAGACUUUGAAAAAAAAUCUUGAAACCUUCUCUGUUGUUAAACCCAUUAAAGAAUUUCAUAUUAUUAGAGAUAACGCAGACAGGCUUUUAAAGUUAUAUAAUUGUACAAAACCUGUAGACGACGGACAUUACAAAUUAUUACUUCAUGCUGCAUUACAGAAAUUUAUCCUUAAGUCAACGAUUAAUCAUAUUAAUCAAUAUUUUUCAAGACUCAACCAUUCAGAACUCGAACAAAAAAUCGGUGAAAACACGAAAACUCUGUUAAAUAAUAUGGAUAGUUUUGCUAAGUCUCGUAAAGGUAAUGAUAACAUUACUCAAAAUUUACCAGUACGAUUUAGACAACAAAUCUAUAAUGUUUUAAGUAACAGUGGGUUCACCUCAAUUGUAUCACCUAAAGGCACUGCAAAACAUCCAUUUAUUAGUGAACUCCAAGAACUAUUAAUUGCAACGAUGAGCGAUUUUCGAAUUGUAAAAGAUCCUAACAAAGAGAAGAUUUUUAAAGACAUGGCAGCGAAACUUUCUCUUGACAUUAUUAGAAUAUUCUUUUUCGACUUAAAGGCUCAAGAACAAAUAGCCGACCCACCCGCCUGGUUUGAUUGUAAUGCUCGAGUAAAUCCUGAUUUGAUGGAAGGUGCAUUUGAUCCCGAUAAUUGUCAAGAUGAGGUUGUGCAAAU